GCAGGGGGUUCCCGCGCCUCCUUUUUAAGGGAAAGGCUGGGUCAGGCGCAGCCUCCUCCUCCUCCUCCUCCUCCUCCUCCUUCCAGGAGCCUCGCCGGCUCGCCCGGCGCUUAAACUUCAAAGCAGCCGAGAGCUCCGCGACACUCCUGAAAUGCCGCCGCCCACCUCGCUUCGGAGGGCUUUGCACGAGCGCGCCAGGAAGGCGCGAGGGGUGAGGACAAGGGGGCCUUGGCGCCGCCGCAGCAGCCCGGAGCUGCCUCCGGAGAAUCGCGAGUGAAGCGGGGCUGAAAGGCUGAGAAGGGGAGGGGGGGAGAGGGAAGCCCGAGGGAACCCCCUCCUCUGCCCCCCCUUCACCCCGUAGCCCCGCACGCGCGCACCCCCCCCUCCCAUUGAUCAAUAUUUGGUCAUCUUGCUGCAACUUGCUGCAGUGUUUUAAGCGGGUAGUAGCGGGAGAGGAAGGAAGAGCCAGCGGGCGAGCGAGCGAGCGAGUGAGCGCGAAAGUCCGAGGCAGGCAGCGGGGCUCGUCAGGCCACUUAGCUCCCGAUGUCCCCCGUGCUUUCGAAGAAGACGGCCGGGAGCAUCCGCAAGCUGGCUCGGGAGGAGGAGGAGGAUGCUGCGGCAGGUGAUCCACAGAGGGCUCCGGUCGUUCUGCCACCAACUGGGCUUGUUCGUCAGCCGGCAUCCUGUCUUCUUCCUCACCGUGCCCGCAGUCCUGACCAUCAUCUUCGGCUUCAGCGUCCUCAACCGCUUCCAGCCUGAAAUGGACCUGGAGCUCCUAGUGGCCCCGAGUCACAGCUUGGCCAAGAUCGAGAGGAGCUUGGCCAACAGCCUUUUCCCCCUCGACCGCUCCAAAAGCCAUCUCUAUUCGGACUUGCACACCCCGGGGAGGUAUGGCCGGGUGAUCCUCCUCGCCAAGCCCGGGGGCAAUAUUUUGCACCAGGCUGAAGGGCUGCUGCAGAUCCACCGAACCGUGCUGGAAAUGAAGGUGAACCACAAAGGCUAUAAUUAUACUUUUUCCCAUCUGUGUGUGUUGAGAAAUCAGGAUAAGAAAUGCGUGCUGGAUGAUAUAAUUUCAGUGCUAGAGGAUCUGAGGCAGGCUGCCCUCUCCAAUAAGACAACUGCCAGGGUGCAAGUGAGCUAUCCCAACACUAAAUUAAAGGAUGGGAGAAGCAGCUUUAUUGGCCAUCAGCUUGGUGGAGUCAUGGAACUGCCGAACAGCAAGGACCAAAGGGUCAAGUCAGCCAGAGCUGUCCAAAUCACUUACUACCUCCAGACUUACCAUUCUGCAGCUCAGGACCUCAUUGGUGAGAAGUGGGAGAAUGAAUUCUGCAAACUGAUACACAAGCUGCAGCUCCAUCACAAGGAUCUACAAUUGCAUUCUCUGGCCUCCUUUAGUUUGUGGAGGGACUUUCACAAGACCAGCUUCCUAGCCAAGGGCAAGAUCUUAGUGAGCCUCAUGCUUGUUCUGUUGGUGGCCAUCCUCUCCAGCUCCAUGAAAGAUUGCCUUCGCAGCAAGCCAUUUCUUGGGCUCUUGGGAGUACUCACAAUCUGUAUGUCCAGUGUUACUGCCGCAGGGAUAUUUUUCAUUACUGAUGGAAAAUAUAACUCGACUCUGUUGGGAAUUCCUUUCUUCGCAAUGGGUCAUGGAACCAAAGGAGUAUUUGAGCUUCUGUCGGGAUGGCGUCGAACCAGAGAAAAUUUACCAUUUAAAGACAGGGUUGCAGACGCCUAUUCGGAUGUAAUGGUUUCCUACACCAUGACAAGCUCCUUGUACUUCAUAGCCUUUGGCAUGGGUGCCAGUCCUUUCACCAACAUUGAGGCUGUGAAAGUCUUCUGCCAGAACAUGUGCAUCUCCAUCCUGUUGAACUACUUCUACAUCUUCUCUUUCUUUGGCUCCUGCCUGGUGUUUGCUGGGCAGCUGGAGCAGAAUCGUUAUCACAGUAUCUUCUGCUGUAAAAUCCCCUCUGCAGAAUAUCUGGAAAGGAAACCCGUUUGGUUCCAAACCAUGAUGAGUGAUGGGCACCAGCAGCCUUCUCAUCAUGAAGCUGACCCGUACCAGAAUCACUUUAUCCAGCAUUUUGUAAGGGAACAUUACAAUGAAUGGAUUACUAAUAUCUAUGUUAAGCCAUUUGUAGUGAUACUGUAUCUCAUUUAUGCUUCUUUCUCCUUUAUGGGCUGCCUGCAAAUCAGUGAUGGGGUCAAUAUUAUCAAUUUGCUUUCUAGUGAUUCUCCAAGUGUGUCCUAUGCUGUUAUUCAACAGAAAUACUUCAGCAAUUAUAGCCCAGUGAUAGGAUUUUAUAUCUAUGAACCUCUUGAGUACUGGAAUGGCACUGUCCAAGAUGACCUAAAGAAACUGACUGAAGGCUUCAACACACUCUCCUGGCUUCAACAAUAUUACCAGUAUCUGAGAGCUGGGAAUAUCACUGCAACCAAUAAAAGUGACUUCCUUAGCAUCCUCCAAAACUCCUUUUUAAGAAAGUCUGAGUUUCAACACUUUAAAAAUGAUAUCAUUUUCUCCAAGUCUGCGAAUGGAAAUAACAUUAUUGCUUCCCGUAUGUAUCUUGUAGCUAGGACUAGUGAAAAAACACAAAGCGAUGUUAUAGAAUUAUUGGAGAAACUCAGACCAUUGUCCCUGAAACAAAGCAUCAAGUUCAUUGUCUUUAACCCUACUUUUGUCUUCAUGGACCAGUAUAGCCUCUCAGUAAUUAUGCCUGUCUUGAUCUCAAGUUUUGGCAUCUUGCUGGUCUUGUUACUUACAUUCUUCCUUGUUAUUCACCCUCUGGGGAAUUUUUGGUUAAUUCUCACUGUCACCUCAAUAGAAUUGGGUGUCCUGGGCUUAAUGACUUUAUGGAAUGUAGACAUGGAUUGCAUUUCUAUAUUGUGCCUUAUUUAUACUUUGAAUUUUUCCAUAGAUCACUGUGCACCCCUGCUUUACACAUUUGUACUAGCAACUGAGCAUACCAGAACUCAGUGUAUAAAAAGUUCACUCCAAGAACAUGGAACAGCAAUUUUGCAAAAUGUUACAUCUUUUCUUAUUGGGUUGGUCCCCCUCCUUUUUGUGCCUUCAAACUUGACCUUCACACUGUUCAAAUGCUUGCUGCUCACUGGCAGUUGCAUACUUCUGCACUGUUUUGUUAUUUUACCUGUCUUCCUAACAUUCUUCCCACCAUCCAAAAAACACCACAAGAAAAAGAAACGAGCCAAACGAAAGGAGCGAGAAGAAAUUGAAUGUAUUGAAAUUCAAGAAAAUCCUGACCAUGUGACAGCAGUCUGAAAGUCAAAUAAAAAUAUGUGGGUUUUUUAGUACUGAAAAAAUGUUACACGGAGCUACAAGGAAAGUAAAGAUCUCCACUGCUUGUGCUGGCCCCUGCGAAGCAAGACAAAGGAAGCCCAAGGAAGGAGCAUAUAUGAUCCAUGGAGGUGAAUGUGUUGUUAAAGUAAUAACCAUUAAAAAAAAAAGAAAAGAAAUGAGAGAGGGGGUAAAAAUUCCUCCAAAAAGUUUCUCCUUUUAAUCCUAUGACUUCACUGAGGGGAAUGCUUAUUGGCAGUUUUAGCAAAAAAAAAAAAAAAAAAGGUUUCUUACAAAUGAAAUUAUUAAGAUUGUCCUAAGUUACUGAUUUUAGAAGGCCACAUAGUUUCAAAACAGGAAGAAAAGAAACAGUUACAGGAAAACAUAGGUAUGGCCAUAAUAGCAAUCAUAUAUUUUAAAAGUUGGCUCAAAUAAAACCUAUGCAAUUGGAAGUAGAUAUUCAUUCCAUCUGAAGCCAAGUACUUCCUUAUUUUAUAUAUAUCUUUAUCUGUCUGCAAGUCACAGAUGAAAAUUGUUUUAUUACUUCUGAUAGCCAAUAUAUCCCCUCCUAAAAUAUAAAUUCUGUAUGUACAGUAUGCGAAAGAAAUUAUAUAAAGAAAGUUAGCUUCUAGAAAGGUGGCAUUUGACUAUGCUCUCCUUUAUGAAUAGAGUGCCCCUCAGAACUACAAGUAAUGAGAGUCACAGCAGACUCUCCUUGAAUUCUGUCAAGCAUCCCAGGGCUGAAACACUGCAGUGCUACCUAUAAUUACUGCAGUGCUGUCCUUUUGCUUCCUACACAUACUCUGUACCAACAUUAGGCACAGCAUACUAAUCAGGCCAACGUGUCAGCUAUAAUGAUAGAUCGCAUUCCAUAGAUGCAUGGGAAUCAUUUUGUGCCUGGAUCACGUUGGAAUACAUAGCAAUGUAAGCACCAUUGAGGCAGCUCAAUGUGAUGUAAUGCAAGAUUUUCCUUUGAAAUAUGUUCCAGAUGAUAAGUAUUUCAAAUCUCCUUUGGUAAACGGAUAAGUUGACUAUGUCUUUUGCCGUAAGAAAUAGAGAAAACAUACAUGUUUUAGUGAGAGAGAGCAAACGCAAGAGAUGAGGCUGCUUGAGAAAUUGUUCUUUAUAAAGCAUUGCUAUUAAAUAUCUGAUAGAAUAGCUGUGAUAAAACAAAGCUUUGUGGCUGUUGAGAAUUAUAGAUGAAAGCAGUAAAUGUGUCUCUUACUGCAUGACUUUAGAAUUAAACCAUAGCAAAAUGAUACUACCUGUUCUACGAGUAAAGUCUCUGCUUAGAACUACAAGUGCAAGAGAAGGAAUGGAAAAAGAAUGAACCAAAAAACAUAGAUUGGGUGAAAUUUUACCCUGAAUUAAGCCACGUAUUUCUCUCCCAAAUGCAUUUUGGAAAGGGCUUGCUUCAUGCAUUGUUGCCUUGCAUAAAUGAGCAAUGUCUUCCUGAAAAAUAUAUUUUAUAUAUUAUUAUCAUUGUUGACAACCAAUGUCAAGGGGAAUGUGGGGAGGGAUUAAAAUUACUAAUUCUUUUCAAAAAGAAGCCGAUUCAUUUAACAGACUCUAAUCGUCUAUACUGUACCACUUGGCUGUGCAUUGAAGAUUUAUGGAUUUAUACAGAGCUAUGGCUACUAUAUCUGGGCUGCAAAUAUCUGGACAAUCGUUAGAUGGAAACAGAGAGAGAAAACUCUCUUUGCCGCCUCACCUUCCUCCUCACCUUAGUUCUCCUCACCUUCCCCAAGUGGCAUGUAAAUGACUAGAGAUGAGUAAACUGUAAGCAAUAACAUACAAAGGAAAGGGUGGAUAAAGUGAAUAUGGGAGGUGCUCAUAAUCCUCCCACUGAAAAUGACAACCCCCUCUGUAAUGUCCAUUCGCCCAUUCCGAAGUCAGGUGGGAAGAGACUUCCACAGAACUCAAUGCUGGCCCUUCUUCCAUGCUUCGUGUUUCUUUCUUGUACUUAGUGAACUGUUUCAAAUUAUUAAUGCUGUAAAGAGAUUCUGAUUUGCUAAUUAUUUAACCUAAAGCCAUAUUCUCCAAUAACAUGUAAUGCCAUAGUGAAUCAAGGUCAAACCAUUUGAAUUAUUUCAUAUUUUUGUAGCUGUGCCAAUCAAAGCAGACAUCUUUAAGACAAACCUAGAAAUAUUAAAGAUUUUAAUCUGAUAUAUUCUAUAUAGAAAGUAUAUGCUGUGUUACAAAGUAAUUGUUCUUCUCUUUAAUGUGUUUGGGGGAACUAAACAUGUACCUGGAUUUAAAUCCCCAUGAAUGCAUUACCUGCCAUAAGAAUUUUGCCCUUAUAAUAUUCCAUUGUAAGACAAUCAUUACUGAUGAUAAUUUGUAUUUGGUCAUAUAGAAGAUAUAGUUGGAAUGUAAAAAAAGAUAGUAUGAGCAGAUUGGCAUACUUCUAGAAGACAUUUUUCAAAAUGGCUGCCAGACAGCCUUUUAUUACACCACCCUCAUGAACACAUGCCACAUCCAUAAAAUGUGGGUCAUGCUACAAUAUAGGUUUUUGUAUACAGGUAGUCCUUGACUUACAACAGUUCAUUUAGUGACCAUUCAAAGUUACAAUGGCACUGUAAAAAGGGACUUAUGACCAUUUUUCACACUUAAGACUGUUGUAGCAUCCCCAUGGUCACAUGAUUUACAUUUGGAUGCUUGAUAACUGACUCAUAUUGAUGACCAUUGCAGUGUCACAAGAAUCAUGUGAUCCCUUUUGUGAACUUCUGACAAGCAAAGUCAAUGGGGAAGCCAGAUUCACUUAACAACCGUGUUACUAAUUUAACAACUGCAGGGAUUCACUUAAUAAAUGUGGCAAGAAAAGUUGUAAAAUGGGGCAAAACUCACUUAACAAAUUUCUCACUUAACAACAAAAAUUUUGGGCUCCAUUGUGGUCAUAAGUUGAGGACUAACUGUAUCAUGAAACAAAUGAUAACAUUCCCAAAGGUUUAUCUGUUUACAUCUUGAAAUUAAACAAUACUUAGAAAAUAAAUAUAAAAUAAAGAAUUACUAGUAUUUUUCCCCAGCAAAUUCACAAAUGAGUUUAUGAUGCACUCUAUAGGAUUACAAAUAUGUGUAACUCAUAUACAAUCACAUCAUUAAGCCUUUGGCUUUCCAAGAUGGAAUUCUUGUAAGAUAUAUGAUUCUUCAAAUCAGGCCCAUAGUUGAGCAUGAAAAUCAACAUGACAUAUACUCAAGGUAUUUGGUUAGCCUAAAACCUGUUCUAAUUGAUCAACAUACAUUAAACAGAGGAAGAUUUGCUUUGCCUCAAAGUUAACUGUACAGAAUCUGCAUUGCAUCAAGGGACAAGAGGCUGAAUUGCUGAUUGUAUCAUCAUGAAUUAGACUUUGGACAGUCAAUCUACAUACCAGUGUUCCAAUAAUAUAUGUUGUACUGCAUCUUAUGUUCCGUAUAUAAUUUUAUGCCUGAUCUCUUUUGUCGUACCCUAGUCUGUAUUUCUUUCUGCUGUGUGAUUUUUGCCUUUUAAAAAAUGUUAUUUUAAAUCAUCCAGAAAAAUGAGAUGGCUUAACUCUUGUGACAAGUAACUUUUAAAGCAAUCAAGGUUCUGCUGCACUGUAUAAAAAGACAUUCCUAUGGGGGGGGGGAAUUAAGAAGCUUUUGUCAUAUUUAACAGUGGAUCUAUAGAUUACAGUACCUGUUAGAAUGCUAAUCCUAGCUGGAGAAACCAAACAAAUGGCUACAUUUUGGUCAGGGAUAAACAUGUUCUCCAUACAAUUAGGUAUUCAAUAAAGGAAAGCAGUUCUACACAGUAUUAGCCACAGUUUGAUGUAAUCGUUUUAUAGUCUGUGAACUAAAACAUGACUUCCAAGAAUGCUUGAAUAACUGUGAAAAGAAAUCACAAAGACAUGCCCGUUAAAAUACAUUUCCUGAUCUUCAAUUGAUACAGAAAUUCUUGCUGCUAGAAAACAGUUGGAAUAUUUCCUUCAAACAGUGCAGAACAUUCUUCAAUUUUUCAUCAACAUGCGAUAUUGAUAUGUUGGUGGUGCAUGAGGAAAAUGCAGCAAUUAAAAACAACCCAAACUGUUACUGAAAGAUUAAAGGAAGAUGUUUUGAUGUUACCGUAUAUAGUAAAGUCAAGGACUUUUUAGUGCCGUUCCUCCUGAUAUGAAAUUGGAUUAAAAGGAGUGCAGCUGUCCAUAAAAUGUUUUGACAAGUCAUAGAUGCUGAAGGAGCAUGAGAAAAGGAAGAAGAUCCAAUGGCAUCAUUAAGAUUCUUAGAUUUCAUGAAAAAUGGCAGAUUAUAUUAAAUUCAGAAAUGGCAUGCACAUCAACAAAACAAAGCAUGAAACCCUCACCCAUGCAAGAAAUUGAAAUUGCUCUUUCAGGUCAUAUAUUUCUUCCAUCACACAAUGAGCUUGGUUAGAAGAUUUCAAACAAGAAUAAUUGACAUUACAAUAAGAGGAGAUUCUGUUGCAGGCAUUCUUAAUAUGAUAUAUUGCCAUUCAACUAGCGAUUGUUUGCUGAUUUAUUUGUGAUGAUUUAAAAUCCUUUCUGUAAGAACUGUUUCCUUGCAAGUAUGCCUCUACUUCCAAUAUACAUUGUUGAUUGCCCACAACUAGGAGGCUAAAAGGCAGAUACACCUUCCACAUUUAAGAUUCUCAAAGUGUAUGGCAGAAUUAUACUCACAUUUGAGCAGCAGACUUCAUUUUUAGAGAUGCACUGAAAAAUUCAUCAAGAAUAUGAAAGACACAGGUCACUUGAUCUGAUUCCUUACAUUGAAUGACCUUUGAAUGUGACAUCACCCUCCUGUGCAGUUUCAGAUAUUUUGAAGAGAAAUGUGGUUUGGAGAUUAAUACUAAUUUUAACAAGAUGAAAGAUUGAUAAUACUCUACCCCUAAAUGGGAAGGAUGUCAGCUGAAAUGAACAACAAUAAAAACUAAUCUACACUUAUUUAGCAUUGGGGAAGAGCAGAUGCAUGCAGCUGAAAUAAAAAGUUGAAGAAGUUUGUGAUUCACUAGGAUGAGGAAUUAAAGCAAAGGUGUGCCAUGUGUGUCUAGAAGGGCUCCAUCUGCCAGGAACAUGGAUCAGGGAUAUGGCAGAACAAUUUCCAAUAUGCAUCAAGUCCCUUGGCAAUUAUCCCACAUUGCUAAUACAAGUGAACGCAAAAGAUACAUUGAGGUCGCUGUAAAAUUAGGAAAGUAGCUUCAGAAACUGGAAACUCAAGUGGUCCAUCUAUCUUCCACUUAGAAGAGGGCCAAAAAGAGGAAGAACAUUAUGAAUGAAUGACUGGCCACAUAAAUGCUGUAGACAGGAUAGAUAUGAAAGACUUGAAUGGGUGUGUGUGCAAACAAAGCAACAUAUUUCAAGAGCUUCCAUUUCCAACAAUGUAGGCCUCACAACAAAGUCUCUUAUAUAUUGCUUACAUAUGUUAUGAUACUGUACAACUCUGCUGGAUGGAACUUUUCAGUUGGCUCGAUCAUGCAUUCUUAAAUAUGAAUCCAUGCAUCCACAAAAACCCUAUUGUGUUUUCCCAUUCAAUGGCUUAAAAUAUGUGACUGUCUAAAAGCUAGACAAAUGUACAUGUGGUAGAAUAGAUGUCAGUUGUUCAAUGUUGCAUGUGUAUAGAUUGCACAUGACUGUAAGUUAUGUAUUUUGAGCCAUUUAUAGUCACAUAAUAACUGUAACAAUGCUUUUUGCAUGUUUUUGCAUUUGCUAAUAAACAAUUAUCAUAGUA